AUGGUUACAUAUGGGAGAAUUUGCCCUGGCUCAAACACUGUGAUCAGGCAAUUAGCAUGUGGCUUGAAUUUUCUGUACAGCCUGAAUGAUCUAGCAUUUGUUCCGAAAUGUCCAGGUGGGCUGGAUGGGCAAAUGGUAAUUUUAGUAGCUGAAGGGGCAGGACAGGAUCUUGUAUCUCAGAGCAUCCAAUCCGUGCAAAAGCAGGAUGCUUCAGGAAACAAGCUUCUUCUUCAAGAUGUUGGGCUGCGGAUAUCCCAAAGGAUUAAGGAUCAUUUUGCCAAGCACAGUACAAUGAGAAUGAACCUCAAAUAUAUAGGUUUAUCAACCUCCAUGAUCCGAGCAAUUCCAAACAAUGCUUCUGAUAACAUGUACUUCACACUUCUUGCUCAAAGUGUAGUUCAUGGAGCAAUCGCUGGUUACACUGGCUAUACAAGUGGACUCACCAAUGGAAGACAAACUUAUAUCCCUUUCUACAAUUUUACAGAGAACCACAGUGAGACGGCACAAAGUAGUGAUAAUGAUUGA